CUGAGCCAAUUAGAGACAGGUGAGCUCAGAGUCCGCGCGCGGCGGUGACGUCACGACAGAGCUAGCUGAGCUCGCGGAAUGCGGAAGCGGGAGUCAGUGCCUUACAGCUUUCCCGAGAAGAAGGUCAUUUGAAAGAGAAAAACAUGUGGCCAAAUCAAGGACCUCCAUACGCUGGUCCUCCAGCCGCUGGGCCGCCCAACCCUGCCUUUCCUUGUCCUCCGAACCCAGGGUACCCAGCCGUGCCCAUCCCAUCCUGCCCUCCUGGACCCAGCCCCAUCUAUCCACCUAUGAAUCAGCCCAUGACCAUCCCCUCGUAUCCCGCUCCGCACCAGUUCCCUCCGAUGGGGCCUGGGCCGCACGCACCCUUCCCCGGGGCCGGUCACCCCUGCCCUGUCCCUCAGUACGGGGGACACCCAGCUGGGGUCAACCCACACGGACACAAGAAACACAAGAAGAUGAAGAAGAUGAAGAAAGCUCAUAAAGCUCACAAGGAGCACAAACAUAUGAAACAUGGAAAGCACUCUUCCUCCUCCUCAUCCUCCUCCAGCAGCAGUGAUUCUGACUGAAAACUCAUUUCACAAGCGCCAGGAUAAUAAAUACAGCCCUGCACAAAUAAAUGAAGAAUCAAAAGCACUAAUGUAUAGCAUUUAAGUAUGUGUUUCUGUGAGUUUGAAUGAUUUUCUUAAUUACAUUUACGAGAAAGAAUAUUUAUAUUUGGUUUACCUUGGUCUUACCCUGUGAGAUUAUUAAUCUUUUGAUGAUUUAAUUAUAACUCUUACUGAAUGACAUACUGUACUACGCUGUCAGACAGUGCCUGGAUUUGAGAACGAACGACUGAAAUCAAACAAGCUUCCUUCAUGAAGUAAAGCUGAGGUUUCCUGGAGAUCAACUGUCCUGCAAAGUUUAGUUCCAGCUCUAAUCAAAUACACCUGAAGUGAUUAAUUAAGGUCUUCAGCGUUGCAUAAUUAAAAGCAGCUGUAUUUGAGUAGAAUUGGAGCUAAACUUUGCAGGAGAGUCGAUGGUUGGGCUGUAUUAAAGUCACUUAAAGGAGAAAAGUCUGUCUGCACGACGUCUGGGAAACAUCUUUAAAAACCAGUCAGAUUUACAUGCGUGCUAAAUCAUAAACAGUUUUUAAAUGUCUGACAGGAAACAUCCCAGAAAUGUUUUGUAUGUAAGAUGACCUAAUACAAAGAUACGACGUCCUUCUUUGUGUCUCCAGACGUCUCCGGGACUUCUUACUCUCCUGUUGAUUAAAAAAAGAAUAAGAAAAAAGUCAACAGGAAUAGUUCAUUUUACUGAGAAAGAUUUGACACGUACUGUAGUAAUUAAAAAAAAAAAUCACUUUAUUUUUUACUACCUGAAGUAAAUAAUCAGAAAUUAAUCAAAGUGAAAUAUGUUGUAGUCAAUAAAGCAAAGAGUUUUAAGUAUUUAAAAAUUAAUCUGUUCUUAGCUUGACUUUAACUGUGAAAUCAUUUUUGUUGUCUAAUAAAGAAAGCAAUUUUUCAAUAAAUAAUACAUGAAGAGAAA